AUGGCUUCGCGUCACCCCGCGCGCCCGCGUCGCAUCGACGAUGCCCUCUCCCAGCUCGUCGACUCCCUCACCCCUCCGCUCUCCCUCUCCGAGCUAGGCGACACCAUCCCCGACGACGCGGAGGAUCUCCUCGCCGAAGCAGAAGACCGACGCCACCAGGAGCUUCUCGAGCAUGCAUGGCGCAUCAUCGACACCCACCCAGCCUCCACGAACGACCCGGCCUCGCCCACCGCCGGCGGCGCGGGUCUGGGCAUCGCCCGCCGCGGCAGCCUCGCUGGCGGCGAGAACAUCAACAACGCGUCGGAUCUGAUCAAGCGGAAGCUGCUCCGCGAGAACGCGAGUCCCGAUAAGGCAGUGCGGUUCUCGAAUCUGUAUUCGCGGCUCUUGACGCAGCCAGUGCUGUCGCAGAAGUGGGCUAUUCUGUACCUGCUGUAUCGGCUGUCUGGGUCGGAGGCUCCCGCUGAGACCGGGGAUGAACAUGGGCGGAGCCGGAGUCCGGUGCUGGAGGCGGGGAAUCUGCAGAAUGUGGUGUUGAAGGGGGGCCGGGGGAGGCAUGCGGUGCCGACGAGACUGGCGGGGGACUCGGACGAGGAUGGCCCGGCUGUAAGUUCUUCUGCGUCGCAGGUUGCGGCGAAGAUGGAGAGGAAGGCGUCGCUCCGGCGGCCGGAGUGGGAGAGGGAGAGGGAGCGAGAGCGAGAGCGAGAGAGAGAUGUCGAACCGGAACAGCAUGGGCAUGUCGCAAAGGAGGGUCGAGUCGCUGCGCCGAGGGACCAUCAUGUGGUGGAAGAGCAGAAGGGUUCAUUCCAGGCCCCAUCUUUCACCACGGAUUCGGGGGAGAAGCGGCCGGCCGAACAGGGGCUGUUGCGCGACCUACCCUUCAACUUGCAGGGCUUGUCGUCCUCUAAUCUGGAGUUUUCAUCAUCCUCUAUCUUAAAACUACCUUCCGCCCUUCCUAUACCUGUGCUAUCGCUGCUAAACACACUGGCCGAGCCGUGUUUGUUAUACAAAGGUCUAUCGACAUAUGUGGAGGAUUCCGGAGGCGGGCUGCUUACCCAAAGUUUACGUGCUGCUCUAUCGAAUGAGCUACGUUCCUACUUGGGUCUCGUUGCGACUUUGGAAGGAGAGAUCCGGCGGGCGCUGGCCGCUACCGGGGACCCUCAACAUCCCAAAGACUCGUCAAGAGGACUGGUGACGUUGAAACGUUGCGUGGUAUGGACUCGAGAUGCGACGAUGGCCUUGCGAUUGAUGAGUUUGAUCGUGGAGGAGGCUCGGAAUAAGAAGGGUGGUCAAUUGGUAUCCAUGAUCCACAGUUUCUCGACCUCCCACGGAGACCCGUUUGUCUAUACAUUUGCCGAAAAGCUGCUUGGGCACGUCACACGUCCGUUCUACGACAUGCUGCGGCUGUGGAUCUAUGACGGCGAGCUUUCAGACCCUUAUCAGGAAUUCUUUGUCGUGGAGCCGGAAUUCCGACCAAGUACCGAUCCGCGACGUAUCGCAACCAGCGUCUGGGAGGAUAAAUACAAACUGGACGAUGAGAUGGUGCCUUCCAUCAUCACACAGGACUUUGCGAAGAAGGUCUUCCUCAUCGGCAAAUCACUCAAUUUCAUCAGAUAUGGGUGCGGUGACUCUGGAUGGGUCGAGGCCUACUCUAAGCAGGCUUCGAAGGAGUUGCAUUACGGUGAUACAGCAAGUCUCGAGACAUCAAUCGACGAGGCUUACAAAACCACCAUGGCGCGGCUCAUCCACCUCAUGGAUGACAAGUUCAAACUGUUUGAUCAUCUUCACGCACUAAAGAAAUACCUGUUGCUGGGCCAGGGAGAUUUUAUUGCCCUGCUUAUGGAGUCAUUGGCGUCGAAUCUGGAUCGGCCGGCGAAUUCACAGUACAGACAUACACUGACUGCACAGCUGGAACAUGCCAUCCGUGCUUCGAAUGCGCAAUACGACCCACCUGAUGUCCUUCGCCGCCUGGAUGCCCGCAUGCUGGAGCUUAGCCAUGGAGAGAUCGGAUGGGACUGCUUUACCCUCGAGUACAAGAUUGAUGCGCCUGUCGACGUGAUCAUCACGCCUUGGGGCUCAACGCAGUACCUGAAGGUGUUCAACUUCCUUUGGCGUGUCAAACGGGUCGAGUUCGCCCUCGGCAGCACCUGGCGGCGCUGCAUGACUGGUGCUCGCGGCGUUCUGGGGAGUGUCAGUGACAAAGUCGGGGCAGACUGGAAGCUCGCAAGAUGUGUGAUUGCAGAGAUGAUCCAUUUUGUUUGCCAGCUGCAGUACUAUAUCCUCUUUGAGGUCAUCGAGGCCAGCUGGGACCAGUUACAGGCAGCCAUCUCCAAGCCCGGGUGUACGCUCGACGACCUGAUUGAAGCGCACACCAAGUACCUCAACUCCAUUACACACAAGGGCCUUUUAGGCUCGUCAUCGUCGUCGAGGACUGCAUCCGGCCACAAACAGGAAGAAGGCUUCUUGACCCAGCUUCAUCAAAUCCUGAAGAUCAUGUUGUCCUACAAAGACGCCGUCGAUGGUCUCUAUUCCUUUUCUGUCGCCGAAUUCACCAGGAGGCAAGAGCUUAGCGCCAAAAUCGAGACGCGCACUGCCCAAGGCCGCUGGGGUAUCACCGAGCGCGAUCUCCUAUCGUCGCGGCGCCCAGGAACCCACAAGAAUUCCAUAUCUUCACUGUCGCCGUCGCUGGCCCAGGCCCCCGGUCUCGGUAACCCCGGCGAUGGCUUCGACACUCCCUCCUCCCUUCCCAACCAUGAUCUGUCUGCCGACGACCACAUGCUCGCAUCCCUUCGCACACGGCUGCGCGAGCUCUCCGCGGAGUUCCGCUCGCGGCUGAAUGUGCUCCUCGGCGACCUGGCCUACCAACCCGAUGUCGACAUGCGCUUCCUCGGCGUCGUCAUGAACUUCAACGAUGUCUAUGAACCAGUCCGCAGACGCAGGGCAGCGACAACAAGCUCCAGGGAUAAAGAGCGGGCGCGACGUCGAGCGACGGCCCCCGGAGGAAACGGAGAGACUAACCCCCAGAAGGAAGUCAGGCGAGAGAGGAAAGAUGCAGCUGGUGCGGACAGCAGUGGGAAUGGAGCGUGA